GUCAGACUGUUAUCUCGACUACUACUUCUCCUAUAUUCAUAUCAUCUCCUGCAUCUCUCCUUCUGACCAAUCCAUCUACCUGCUCUUGUAUCGGGCAGAUCUUCAGUCACCUAGCCAAUAUGGACGUCCUAGAGUUGCCUGCUUCUCACAUCUCCCUUCUCUAACACGCGUGACACCCAUUUUAUUCCUCAAGGCUCUUUUCAUUGGGUAAUCUCGUGGCGGACGCAUCUUGCCAUCAUGGCAAAAGGGAAGAAAUCAGCCAAAAGACCUCAAUCACUAUCCCCCAGGAUAGCAUUGGAAAAUGUUGCCGAAGUAGACCAGCACAUCCUCGUAGCACAGCUUGACGGACUAUGCGUAGUCGAUGACUCCGGCAUCAUAUCAGUCGACAAGACCCGGCCGGAUUCCAUUACUCAAAACGUUCGGGCAAUAGAAUUAGCGGCACGACCGAGCAUUCCAGGCCCGGCAGGAGUGUUGAAACCGAGACCUGAGGAUGACAUGCUCCAGGUGAUCUCCACGCCCGAUCGUGGUCUCGCCGUCUUCUCAACUCGCAAGAUCAAAGCCGGGACACUUGUGCUGGCCGAACAUCCCCUAAUCUCGCUGAACAAGCACGAGGAAAACGACUACAGCACGGUCGAGCGCGAAUUCUCCAAACUGUCGCGCGCAGAACAGAAGGUCUAUCUACGCCUCUUCGAUGCACGGAAAUCGCGCAUGUCCCGCGUUGUCUCAAUCUACUACAGCAACUGCUACAACUGCGAGGGCUUCAGACCCGGCGGCCAGGGCGGCUCGGCGAUCGGUGCAUUGUCGAGUCGUCUCAACCACAGCUGUGUUCCCAAUGUGCAAUUUUCCUACGACGAGGGUAGCAACGAGAUGAGGUUUUACGCCAUCCGGGACAUCUCGAGAGGAAAGGAGUUGUCGAGUAACUACGACAAGUCGGUCUUUGAAGUGGCGGCCAAGAGGCGGAGAAAGCAGCAAAUGUACUACGGCUUCGUGUGUCGGUGUGAGGCGUGUGAACCGAAGAACGAGUUCUGGGUCAAGAGUGAUGAACGGAGGCUGGCCAUGUACGACGCCGUCCGAGCCGUACAAUGGUGCGAGAGGAGGCUGGCCGCAGAAGGCGACGCAGCAAUGGUGGACAAAGCGCAAGUUGGAGAGGCUGAAUUGGUGGAAGAGGCGUUGAGUUCCUUGACGAGACUCGAAGGGCUAUUGUUGAAGGAAAGCCUCGUCGGAGUGCCCUUGGCCAACACUUACCGGAGCAUGGCGAAGUGGGCGGAGAGGAAAGGUGACCACGGAGAUGACGAGGCUGUCAAAUGGAAGGUGAAGGAGCUCGAGAUGUGUAUUACUGCGUUUGGAAGAGACUGUCAAAGGACCAGGGACAUUGAGGUCAAGUUGGAAGCACUCCAAGCUGGGAGAAGCAUUUGAGGGGACCCACGGGGCAUGCAUAUGAGAUCUGUUCCAAAUUAGAUAGACCACAUAGAAACAGAACAGGAGCAAUCCUGAGUAGAAUGUUUAGAGCAAACGGCACAUUGUCUCUUUG